GAAUCUUCUCAGUUCCACUCAGCUGAGCUCCCAUCUCCUCUCAACAUGUCCUCUAGCUGCUGCUCUGGAAACUUCUCCUCCUGCUCCCUUGGGGGCUCCCUGCGCUUCCCAAGCUCCUGUGGCUCUUCCUACCCCAGCAACCUGGUCUACAGCCCUGACCUGUGCUAUCCCAGCACCUGCCAGCUGGGCUCCUCUCUCUACAGGGGCAGUCAGGAGACCUGCUGUGAGCCCACCAGCUGCCAGACAUCCUGUGUGGUGUCUAGCCCCUGCCAGCCUUCCUGCUAUGGCCAGAGGACAUCCACAUUCUGCAGUCCCUGCCAGAGGACCUAUGCUGGAUCAUUGGGCUUUGGUUCCAGCAGCUGCCACUCCCUGGGCUAUGGAUCUAGAAGCUGCUACUCACUUGGCUGUGGAUCCAGGGGCUUCAGAUCCCUGAAUUAUGGUGUCUCUGGCUUCCCUUUUCUGGGUUACAGAUCUAGUUUCUGCAACCCAAUUUCUUUUCUUUCUAGAAGCUGCCAGUCUUCUUGUUACAGACCAGCCUGUGGAUCUGGCAUCUAUAGAUUCACUUGCUAAAUGCCUGCAUUCUGAACCUGUAGAUUAAAGUCUACUUUGAGCAGCAUUAUUUUCAUUCUUGUCACUUGCUCCUUUUAUUCUUCUAUUGAUAACUUCUUGCCUCUUCAAUUUCUAGCAAACUCUCAAGUUCAUGAGGAUCUUUCCAAUUAAAUGUUAAUAAUGUUGUAUAUUAUCUGGCUUUCAUCCAAAACAGUUGAAAAUGAAAAUUUCAAUUUAAUAAAUGUAUGAAAUCUGACAUCUAAA